GCUGACAGAACUGAUCAGUGGAGGUCUGGAAGGAUUCAGCUCCAGCUCUCCUCCUCUGAUGCCUCCUGAAAUGCUGCAUGGACUCAGCCGAAACCUUCUCAUUCUCAUGUUCAGGCUGCUCCAGGAUCUCUCAUAGACUGUGAAUCUCCUCCUGCAGAGAAAGAAAAAGCAGCAUUUUUCUGAAGAACAUGGACAAAGAGAGAAAAUCCUCUCAGCAGUACGGCUCUCUGGAGAAGACGCAGAUUGUGCAGGGAGCAGCAGAGAAAUCAGCUGAAGAUGUCGUUUCAAUGGCCGACUCCACAAUUACCAUCGAGGACAUCGAAGGAGAGCUGUUCAGAAUCGAGCGGAUACGAGACAUCCUCGUACGGAGAGAAUCCGAGCUGAGAUACAUGAUGGAUGACAUCCAGCUCUGCAAAGAAAUCACACGACUGAAGCAGGAGCUGCAGAAACUGGUGUCAAUUCCAGACAAAGACAAGUCCAAAGAGGCUCGGGAGAGGGAAGAGGAACUGCUGCAGCAGAUCAACAAGCUGGUGGAGACCAGAGAUUUCCUAGUGGAUGAUGUGGAGUUUGAAAGGUUGAGGGAAAGAGAGGAAGACAGAGAGAUGGCAGCCUUCUUACAGGCCAGAUUUCCCAAAGCACUGGCUGCAAAAGGUGCUUUGCAAAGUCAAAAGGUGGCAUCCAAAUCCCAGCAGACAUCAGCGCCUUUUAUCACUAAAACUGGACUUACGCUACUGAAAGACUGCUGCGGCUUCACCUGCUCCGUCAUGUAACACACUGGAUUCUACCUGCAGACCUGCAUGUGUGUGCGUGUGCGUGAGUGUGUGUGUGAUGCAUCUGUUGUGUGUGUCUGCCCUUUCUAGAAAGACUCUGUGCAUUAAUUCUCAUAUAUGCUCACAUAACGAAGAGGGCAUGUAUUGAAAUACUUAAUGUGAUUUGCUGCUGUGAAAAACUGUGUUUAUGUGUGUUGCAGCAGGAAAGCUGAUAUACUAAUGAUUCCUGCCCAGUUAAGGUAAUUAGAUAAUACGACGGCUGCUCUGACAGCGCAAUUAUCUGUUUGUAACGUAUUAGACGGUGUAAAUGUGGACGUCCCUCAGGGAGAAAACUACUCCUAACUAUCUCCCGUCGCCAUUUGCUGUAGUAGCCAAUUAUUAUAAUUGUUUGGACUUUAACUGGGCAUUAUUUGACGUGAUUCAUCUUUUUUUAGGUAAUACGCUUACGGUGUGUGUUUUGUAAAAAGGAACGUCACAAGUAGCAUAUGAUGAAAAGAUAAUAAAUGUGUCCAUGAUGGUAUCAUUUUGUGUGACAGUGACUGUAGCAUCUUUGUAAUGUUGUUACAAUAAAGACAUGUAAUGCUC